GGUCUUGAUUCUUGGCUCAAUGGUAUCCUGAUUGUACGUAAUUUAGAGGAAAUAAAUUAGAAGAUAUUAUGAAUUUAUCUGACUACAUGUAAUAAUAAAGUGAAAAUGUGUUUUGUGAACAAUAUUUAGACAGUAUUCGUGCAUGGAUAUCGUGCAAACUGUGUUUUAAAAAUGUAUAUUUCAUACACGCUAGGAGCCAUUUUUAUUGUAUUUAUCUUGUGCGUUCAUUGUGAUAAUGAUGGUACCAACAACGAAAAUAAGGAUAUUUACGUUCCGUCCGCGCCACAGAACCUCUCAGCGAACAGCGUCACGGCCGACGAGAUCCACCUGUCGUGGGCCCCGCCGACGCACAUCGUCAGGAGUGACGUAGUUCCUCAAACCGAGAGGUCCAACCCUGAAGACUAUACUCUCAAAACCAAGGAACCCCAAAGCGACGAGCCAGCAAAUGACGUCAUAUACGACCGCAUCGCCCCAGAGAACUUUAAAAAUGACAAUUACAACCAGUACGAUACCGAAGCGUAUAUCCUCACCAACGAGUCCUACAGGAGCAAGAGAGAUGGAAGAUCCCAUAGGCACAGAAAGAGACGGCAGGACAACGGGACGGAUGCCAAACAUGAGAAGUCAGAGACGCAUCAACCGUUCGAGUUUCCUAAAGAAGUGGUAAAGAAAUCUGACGCAUCACUUCCUCCGACGCUGGAUAUAUCCCAAGUAGCCUAUGUCCUGUACUAUGAGGAGGGAAUGUCUAUGACGAAGACCACAGAAAGAACCCAACCUCCAACCCCCAGCGAGAUUAAAGCGACUAACGUCUUCCGAAGCGACUUGGGAGUGCAGGACGGUAUGAAUGCGACGAAGAAUCUCACGCUCCUCAACACUUCUGGGGUGCUGACUAAAGUGGUCAGCUUCAGGCUGAAGAAUCUAAAAUCAUUCACGCCAUACAAAGUAUGGGUGCGGGCGUUCUACAACAUCUCGCUAAACGGCGUGAAGUCGUCUGACCUGCUGCAACGUCUGGGCCAGGCGUCCGAGCCUUUGUACGUGCUGACAGAUGUGAAACCACCUUCAGCGCCGAUCAUACUGAAUCUGACGUGCGAAACUGACCCUAAAGGUAUCUUAUACAUCCAAUGGCGCCAGCCGCUCGAGUACAACAACUCGCUGGACACGUACGUGGUGACGCUGAGGAAGCUGCCGGAACAGCAGCCGCACUUCCGAAUGACGCUGGCGACCAACAAGAACGAGAUUGAAACCACCAUCAGUCAGACUGUGGACUUGUGGAAUCAGACGCGGUACGAAGUGAAAGUGUUGGCCGCGACGAAGUCUGUCGUUUAUCCCAAUAAGCUCAUCGACGGAAAGGAAUCUAGACCGGAGGAGGUAUCAAGCGAGCAGUGUCUGGUACGGUCGGAAGCGAUGUCGCCGGCCGCGGCGGGGGGCGGGCAGUACGCCACUGCGAGAGCGGGACAGCUGUGGGGCGCACUGCUCGCCGCUGUGCUGCUGACUGUACUAGCCGCCGUUAGCGCCGCGCUGCUGUAUUGGAGGUGCAGGUCUCGCCUUAGCAAGUGUUUGAGUGCAGCUUAUAACUAUUUGGAAGAAGGCGGCGAGAGGGCUGCGCGAGCUCCUCUUAACAAAAAGCCUGUGAGCCGCAGUUCGCCCGCCCGCAACGUGACCGCGUCGCCGGGGGUGGCCGCGGAGGCGGCGCCGGGGCGGCCCCCGCGCAUGGCCGGCCCCCACCAGCCGCUGGUGCGCGCGCGCGACUUCCCCGCGCACGUGUCGGCGUUGCACGCUGACGGGGAUAUCGGAUUUAGUAAGGAGUACGAAAUAGUGGUUGCGAAGUCCGCGGCGCUGGCGCACACUAGUCAUCACAGCUAUCGACCGGAAAAUAGACUGAAGAACCGAUAUUUAAACAUUACUGCAUACGACCACUCGCGCGUGUGCGUAUCAUCGGGCGGUCGGUGCGGCGCAGCGGGGUGCGCGGGGCGGGGCGGCGGUGGCGCGGGCUGCGACUACGUUAACGCCAACUUCAUAGACGGCAUCCGACCAGCGCUCGACGCGACGGCCGCGAGACGCAUAGAACGACGCCUGGAGCGACGACAGGAGCGACGCAAGAUACAUCACGCGGAGAGGCAACCUUCAGUAAAGGCUGCGAAGCCACCCCCCAAUCUUACUGAGGGUAUCGAGUCAGCGUUUCUCAACAUCGAAUUUUCUGGAAUCGUGGAGUCUGAAGAUCAAUUACCUGAGGAUACUGACAGCGAGCAGAGUGACGAUGAUUCCGAGUUGGAUGACGUCUAUGUUGAUAUAAAUGGCGUGCCACGGCAAAUCAAACUAGAAUGGGCAGUAUGGAGGCGACGGUACAUAGCAACACAGGGACCCACGCCUGCCACCCUGGACGCCUUCUGGCGAAUGAUCUGGCAACACCGAGUCCACACUCUAGUCAUGAUCACCAAUUUGGUGGAGAGAGGACGACGCAAAUGCGACAUGUACUGGCCGGCUGGCGGACGUGGCAGUUCCGCGCAGUUCGGCGGCGUCCACGUGACACUACUAUACGAGGACGUACGCGCUGCGUACACCGUACGUCAUCUGCGCGCCACGCACUCAGGCGAGACAACAAGCGACACGGGCUCCGCCGGCAGCGACAGCAGCAACAGCACGGGGCGGCAUAUCACGCAGUACCACUACACAGUGUGGCCGGACCACGGCACGCCGCGACACCCGCUCGCCGUGCUGCCCUUCGUGCGCGCCGCUGCACACCCCGGCACGCUGCUGGUGCACUGCAGCGCUGGUGUCGGCCGAACUGGAACAUACAUAGUCAUAGACGCACAAUUGAACCAACUGAAACUGACAGGGACACUAUCACCGCUCGGGUUCCUAUGUCGAGCGCGGACUCAGCGAAACCACUUGGUACAGACGGAGGAGCAAUAUGUAUUCGUACAUGACGCUCUACUAGAAUACGUAAGAUCCGGCAACACCGAAGUCGAGUUCUCGAAAGCGCGGGAAUAUCUCGCGAAGCUCCUAGAACCUAUAUCCGAUGAGGAGCUAGCGGUUAUGGACCUUAAUCCUAUCAAGCAUAAGAGCGUCAACGACUUGACAAACGGCGUCGAAGAUAUGUCCAGUGUUAAAUCGACGGAGUUGAGCGAGAGGGAGGUAGUUGAAAAUGGCAGUCAGGUGUCCAUAAAAACAGAUGAAAACGAUGAACCCAAAUCGACCGCGGAUACGGAACCAGAAAAGGACGGAUUGGUUAAUGGAGACGAGAGCGAAGGAGUGUACGAUUUGGCCCCACGAAGUACUGAUACGUAUAACAAGAGAAUGCAAGCGUACAACAACAUGAGUGAGCAAGAGAAAGAGGAAAUGAGAAGGGUAAAUAGAGUUGAAAACUAUGCUCUGUUGGAAAGAAUGCGUUCUCUAUCGACCAGGCAUACAGUAUAUCAAGGACCGCCACCCGUUAAUUUGCUGGAGAAACAGUAUCAACUUAUCCGUCGAUCAUGCGCCGAGGCGUCGGUAUGUGCGCGCGCGCCGCAUAACGCAGAGAAGAACCGUCCCGGUGGUCUGCUGCCGUCAGACUCCGCAAGGGUCAUGCUCGUACCUAAACCUGGCGUUGAAGGCAGCGAAUACAUAAACGCGUCAUGGGUGUGCGGUCGGCGGCGCGUGCGGGAAUACGCGGUGGCGCAGCACCCCGGCGGCGCGCCCGAGCUGUGGCGGCUACUGUGGGACCACACGGCGCAGCUCGUGUUGCUGCUGGCUGAUCCCGCACAUCCGGAAUGCGACGUGUUUUGGCCAACGGAAGAUGAAAAGGAACUGUUUGUGGCGAACUUCAGAGCGAGUUUCGUUUCCAAAGACACGUACGUUGCGUACAGAAGGUCUGAGGGCAAACCUAAUGUUGAGUCCCCCGCGGAACCCGAGACGAAUGGCUACAGGCGGCAGGAAGGCAGCGAGUGCGCAGACGACGAGAGGCUCAUACCUGAAAAUGGCUCCCCUAUCAACGAUACAGAUGAAUCAUAUCGAUUCGACCGAACGGAACUGAGAUUGGAGAACCUAAGUAACAGAGAUCUGUCGGCGCGCAAGUCGAUAGCCAACGGAGAUCUCUUCUCGUCGUUUUCGGAGAAGAAGAACGGUCCUAAAUCACCUAGAAGCCCUUCAAAAAUGUCCUUAAAGAACUUCAAACUGAGUUCCCCAACGAAAUUCAAGUUUCCCGAGUGGGGGUCGAGGACGGCCGGCUCCCCGCCCGACACGGCCCCGCCCCCUCCGCCCAUAGAACCUUCGCUGACUGUAGAACAGGAGGCGGAGCUCCGAAGACCAUGCUACAUCUUCGAGAAGGUGUCCACCGUCCCCGACGUACCUUCCGAUAGGAUUAUCGAAGUUACCAACGUUAGUGUUCAUUCGUUACAAGACGAUUAUCAGUUAAGUGUUAAGUUUAUAAAGUGUAGUGGCUGGUUGAACGGUGAUACCACGAACUAUAGUGCCGGAAACCCGGACGAUAACGAGUUUGUUAAGGCGGUGCGGCAGGCGACAAGUGAUAGUGAGAGAGAUGAGGCAUUAGAUAGACUGAUAGCACCGUAUAAAGACUCUUUCGCGUUAAUAGAAUUCGUCGCCGGGUGCCAAAUGGAAUACAAGAACGGACCAGUCGUUGUUGUUGACAAAUUCGGUGGUUCCCGCGCGCUGAACUUCUGCUCGCUGAGCUCGGCGGGCGGGGGUGCGCGCAACCCGCUAGUCCGGGAGCCGGGUGCGGAGUGGGCGUCACCUUGUACCGCGGCGGAUUUAUACUGCGCCGCGGCGCUGGCGGCGCACGCGCGAUGUCCCGCCCCCAGCCCCUCCCCCGCGCUCGCCGCGCAGUCGCCCGCUUCGCUGCUCGCGGCGUACUGCGCGCUCGCCGCGUACGGGCCAAUGCUGCACGCGCUACCGCCCAGCUGAACCGAGUCACCCGAUACUCCGCGACCGGAACCACGGUAGAGUGUAUAGUUGAAACUCAGUGCGUUGUGCCGGAGCUGUCUGACUGACCGGGCCGUGCGACAGUAUCGGAGGCGCCCGCCGCGGUGGCCCGCCAAGACCAACGUAUCCAUAGUCGUAUUUCGGUCCUAUCUGUCAUUGAUAUACAAUAACCUAGAAUAGUUAUAGAAUCACGUCGUCGUAUUAAGUGUACUUUGAAAAUUAACCUCAUGUAUAAGGGCUUACUAAGAUAAGUGAUUCGUUGAACGAUUUGUAUUCUAGUUUUUUUAUUCUAUAUCAAUGGUUAAAUCUCAGUGUAAUCGAGGUUUUAGACGUGAGUGAGUGUCAGUUCAUAACGAGAUGUGUUGCGAUGCUCAGUUUUAAGGUUAUUCAAAAUUGAACUUUAUUUACGACACAAAAGGUACACGUUUCAUCGAAGGCUAGACGAUGUUCUAUUUUCAAAGUGGCGCCGCAUUGCGCCUCGUUGUGAGCUGACCCUAACAGAUGUAUGUUAACAUAGGCUGCUACAAAAUUCCAAAUUAUACUAUGUAUAGAUGUCGUGGAUGUUUGACUAAGGUUAAUAUGAUGCUUGUCUUAUGAUAUUAACAGUGGUUGUGUUAAGGAUUGUAUUAUUUUUAUAGUUUUGUCACUGGCCAAAGUUAGGAUCGCUAUGUUAGAAAACGUUUAGGAUAUUCUAAAUUAUUUGUAUUUAAUUCGUGGUUACAAAUUGUAUGUAAGAGUGCGUAUUUGUCGAAGACUAAAGUCGUAUUUUCGUUACGGAAUAAGUUUGUAACUUCAACACAAAAAUCCUGACUCCCAUACAAUAUCUUGCCAAAACAUCACUUUAGCACAACAACAACAAAGCAUUUACUAUAAAUUUUUUAACAUAUUACGUACAUUUAAAAUACAUUUUCUGUAUCGGCAACGUGACAAACAUAUUGCUCAGACUAUUCCUUGAAGAAACGCAUAUCAAUGUUAGGCUCCUAAUGUAGUGUGGAUAAAUAAUAUGUGUACAAGAUGUACAGUUCCUUUUGACUCCCAUGUUUCUAUAAGAAACGCUCCAAGGUUAUGAAUUUGUCCAUACAAAACUUA